AUGGAGUCGGCAUAUCUUCAAAAGCACCUUGGGAAGUGUCUAACUCAAGGUCUUGUGGAAGUGGCAAAAAAUCGUCCGGUGGAUCCAAUAGAAUACUUGGCAUUGUGGAUUUACAAGUAUAAAAGCAAUGUGGCUGCGGAGCAGCAGAGACAAAAGGAAAUGGCUGAGUUGGAGCAGGAGAGAGCAGUAGCUUUGAUGGAGCAGCAAAUGAUGGAGAGACUCAAAGCAGAGGAGCUCUUGUUUCAACAGCAGCAACAGGCAUUACAGCUGGAGUUGGAAAUGCAAGAAAGGGAGAGACAAAGAAUAAUAGAAUUACAGAAAGCUCAAGAACAGGAGAAGGCAAUGAGAAUGUAUAUGGAAAGUUUAAAGAGUGGUGAUACUUCAAGUAUGGAGGAAGUAGACUCAGGCAAAACACUAGCUGAAAUCAGUGAUCGCUAUGGAGCACCUAACCUGAGCAGAGUAGAAGAGCUUGAUGAACCGAUGCUAUCCGAUGCUUCACUAAAUAUUGAUCAAGAUAUAGAUUUGUAG